GGGUCGCGGCAAGACUUCGGCACUUCAGUUUGUACGUGAAAAUGACUUCCUAUAGUUCGGCGAUUAAACUUUUUUGUUGAGGCAUAUUUUAUUCGAUUAGGGACCAGUCGUGACCAACAGGCGUCUGUCAUGAAACGAAUGAGUCGCCGUGGUUUAAGUCGUUCUGACACCGAGGAACACUGAGGGUCCCAAUAUUGAUAGCAGCUGUGGUUCGGCCAUCGCGGGAUGUUGUGAUUUUUAGGAUGCAAUCCCAGGAUGUGUAGAUUUUUUUGGAAUGCUAUCACCGUGACGGGAUGUUGUUAUUUUUUGGAAUGCACAUAUGGAAAGGAUGUGCCCGCCCAAAUAUCAUGAAACGAAUGUGAUGUCCUAAACCAGGAUAUUAGAUGAUAAUUCGAAUCAUUAGUAACGGAAUAGGUCUGUGAUAUUUGCUUUGCUUUUUGCUGCAGGAAGAGAACUACAUGACCGAUAUAAUUCGAAUGCAGGAUUCCAGUCCACCGCCGUCCCCGACUAAACGACGUCACGGGACGGUGCUAGCCCCACAUACAUGUAUAUUCACCCAGCCAGAAAUAACACAGACCUUGCCACAAUUUGUUUUCUCAUCGCCUGAGCCUACCCGAAAAUCAUAUCAUGGCUCAGGGGAGGCGCCGGUGAAUGGAUCCCGUGAUGGAGGAGUCCCCCCUAAUGAAGUGACAAUCCAAGGGACCUCGAACGGACCUAGUCAAGGACGAGCGACUCUCUCAGGAACAUCAGCGAAUAAACCCUGUGACGGCCAUGUGGCGGUGACACAUCCUGAAAACCGACCCAAAGACUCUUCUCCCGGGAUCUCGCCCUUCUACGGACCUCACGAAGGAAAAUGUGCGUGGACACAACCUGUAAAUGGAUCUAAUGCUACUCAAAUUAUCGUGACUCCGCCAACACCUACUGGCUUCUCCGCUGGAGAUCGUAUUGACCUCCCGGAGCGCUUCAAGCAAACAUGCUUUAAAAAAUCAGCCAUCAGGGAGGAGAUUGAUAGUGUGACUGAGUUGAGAGAAAGGGAGAGAGACCUCACCACUGCCAUUGGUUGGAUACGCCAAGAAAUCCUCAAGAUGAAACAAGCAGACCGAGACCUGAUGAGAAAGUUUAUGGAGCUGGGCACAGUGAUACACACCCUCCGAGACAGUGGCACAUUCAACGUCACCUCCUCCUUCGACUCGCUGGACGAACUUCUUCUCCUGGAGGAGUUCCGUGAAGUGGGGGCCUACAUGCCCAUCGAUGAAACACUACCAAACUUAGCUUUUAAGCUGAGGACAAUGUCAACUAUUGUGGAACCAACGGUAGAACAUUUAACUUUGCCCGUACCGAGGAGAAAGGAUUCUGCCUUUUUAUGAUGUUUUCUCAAAUCAAAUAACGUAUAUUCUGUCUCGGUAUCUAGUCAUGUACAUAAAGACAAUUUAUUUUAUCUUCAACCUGCUGGAGACACCCUUUGCUGGGGCCAAGUCGUCAAGCAAUCCUUUUUCACCUGUAUACCGGACUCCUCCGAGCUGAGAGUUUGCGUCGUUUCGUUUCACACCAUGCCUUUAUUGAAAGAUUCUGGUUUCACCGAUCCGCAUGUAUAAGAUCAAUAGCGGUUAAUAAAAUGUCGCAUUAUACCGCGGAGAAAACGAUCUGAUUUACACGGGAUUAUAA